CAAGCGGCAGGGGUCGCUUGCAGUGCCUCGAAACCUAGUCGCUUGUCCCAUACAUGGCGUGGCUGUGUUUAUUCCCAUUGGGGUGAGGCUGGGAGUAAUCCCGCUUCCAAGAUGCCAAACGAAGGCCCGUUCGUUGAGACUCAAAACGUCCAAAGAAAAGGGCCUUUUGAGAUGGAACUAUUUAUGUCGACGAGGCCCCUUCGAGCUUCUUCUCUUUCCUCUUCGUACUCGGUGCAUCACUCCUUCGAAAGCAGAUAUUAACCCAUUCCUUACCCUUUCACUUCCGAGGCACUGGAUGCCGGUCACGCCAAGGCGACUUUCACACCAAGACUAAUAACAAGCAACAUGAAGUUCACACUCCUGACGACGCUCCUCGCGGGCUCGGCCAUUGCGGCGCCCUCCCUGAGCAAGAGAGACCUGGCGACGGUCCAGCAGGCCAUCGGCACAGUCCAGACAGCCCUCGACGGGCUCGGAACCGCCGUCAACGCAGUCAGCGCCACGGACCCGAACAGUCUGCAGGGAGUCCUCACCGCCAGCACCGACGCACAAAACUCCAUCAAGGCCGCCACCACACAGAUCCAGGGCACCGACGCGCUCUCCCUGACGGACGCCCUGUCCCUGCAGCAGACCGCCACCGGCCUCACCACCUCAGCCAACACGACCGUGCAGACCCUCAUCGCCAAGAAGCCCGUCUUUGACCAGCUUGGCGUCUCCUCCAUCGUCGCCACCCAGCUGACCGACCAGAAGACCGCGGCCUCUGCCCUCGGUGACGCAGUUGUGCAGAAGAUCCCCGCCAUUGGCCAGGGUAUCGCACAGCAGUCUCUCGGCCAGAUCAACACUGCUCUCGACUCUGCGAUCCAGACCUAUUCAGCUGGUGGAGCUGCGGCAGGUGGCGCAGCUUCGGGCGCAGGAAACGCCACCGGCGCCGCAGGUGGCGCCACGAAGGCAGGCAACGGAACGUCGACCACCGAGCCCAAGGCCGGUGGCGCCGCACCCAAGGCCGGUGCCGGUGCCGGGACCUCUACUGGCGCCGCACCCAAGGCAUCUGCGAAGCCUGCUGCCGCCGCCCCAGCGGCCCCGGCUGCCCCAGCUGCCGGCGGAGCCGGAGGCCUAGGUGCUCUGCUUGGUGGACUCACGGGAGGCGCUGGAGGAGCUGGUGGUGCCGGAGGCCUUGGUGCUCUUCUCGGAGGACUUACAGGAGGUGCUGGUGCGGCCGGUGGAGCGGCAGGCGGUGCUGCAGGCGGUGCGGGCGGCUUGGGUGCCCUUCUUGGUGGAUUGGCCUAAGCAGUUCGCUCUCAACAUGGGUCGACCAGGGUAUAAGCUCUCUGGACCUUUGGUUUCAUUUAGUGGCAGACCGACCGCCCGCCCGAGUGCGUUCUGGGCCCGCUGCUUGAUGUAGCGGAACCGGGUGCUAUCUCGCGACGACUUACGAAUUCCCUUGAAUCCUUUACAUAGUGUCUAGUACACUUAAAACUGUCAAUGCAUGUAGAUUACCUCCCGGAUGUGUGUGGGCUGCUGGGCGAUACUUCAGGAUCGGAGCGUCCAUGAUACUGUAGAUAACAGCAAAUCAAGCGUGUGUUCUUCAUCCA